UUUAUUUAUUCUACGUGACAAUUUGCAUCUAAUUUUAAUAUGUUAAUCAAUUUUGUAGUUUCUAUUAUUAGCUAUAAUAAGAAAAUUGCAAAAAGAUCGAGGAACAAAUUAGUUAAAAUUUUAUCAAUUUUUAUAUAAUCAACUUGAUAUCUAUUUCUUGUCUAUCUUAGCAUAAUCUGAGAAUGUUAAUAACAUAUAUAAUAUUUUUUAUCAGAUUAAUAUUAUUUUUUAUAAGAUUAUUCGGAAAUAAGAGAUCUGUGAAGUUGACAUUCUCAAAUGCUAAUUUUUAUAAAAUUAAUAUCACAUUUAAUUGUUCACAAUUUAUCCACAUUUGUCCACAAAUAAUAAUUUUUUUGUCCACUUGGCGAAAGAAAUUACAAAUGAAAAAUUAGCGCAAAUUUCAUUAUGAAUACUCCUAAAUGUGUGUUUUUUUUUAAUUAUAUAUGGAGUACGUGGGCAAAAAAUAAUUAUUUAAGGACAAAUAUGAACAAAUUGUGAACAAACAAGUGCAAUAUGAAUUUUGUAAAAAUUCGCAUUUGUGAGUGCUAAUUUCGCAGAUCUGAAAACAAGAUCUCUUUCAUUUCUUAUUCCACAUACGAGAAAAGAAUCGAAAACGAGUCAUUAAAGUCCAUCGUAAUUUCCGGGAUGAUUUGUUUUUUCACGCAGGAAAGAAUGGACAGAAUUUUCCCACGGGCUCUGCAUAUCUUCGCGUGCCGAGCUCGCGAAUGUACAUUCGUCUGAUUUUCGAACUUCCGACGUAGUGCCGUGUAGAUUUUCGAUAGAGGAGUGGUCUGUAUAAUACAACGAAAAGGUACGAGCAAAUGAAGCUGCGCAAAGUGCUAACCGACCACGGCGGCGACGAUUCCUCGCGAUGGCGGUUGCUUCUCGCUACUGCGACAGAUAGUCUCGUCACUUCCGGUUAUGCAUCGCGCAGGAGAUACCGAAGGAAGCUUAAAGCAUGUGCCAAAGUGCUGAGGAUGCUGACGCCGAGGCGAGCGGGGCCGGUCGGCCCCGAGGAAAUCGGCGACGGGCCCGCGAGUGACAAGGGUGCGAGCAACGCGACGAGCGGCUCGGUCACCCCAGGCGGUUCUUACGAGAAUGGCGACAGUUCGAAGGAGUUCCUGUCCACCGGAAGGACCGGCAGGAGAAACGCGCUACCAGACAUUCUCGGUCGACAUGCCGAGACCGGUCUCUCCGACCUGUCGGAUCGUUUCGAGGAGUUGUCCACCCACCCAGAUCAUUCUGCCAAUACCGGGCAAGAUCCGAAUAUACCGAGCACCUCGAAACAACACGGCUGACAUGUCCAUGAGGCUUUGUAGCGGACCUCGCUGUCGCGAUACAUUGGGCCUUCCCAUCACCGACGACGACGACGACGACGACGACAAUGAGGACGCGAUAGAGACGCGUGUUAUGUCUGUCAACACGAUCCUCGAACACUCUUUGGCUCGGGUUACUGUGAUGGAAUAUAUCGAUGAACGAUUGACGCGUAAAGGAUGAAUUAAACACGCUUCAUCGUCUAGAGAAUGUUGGAUAAUUUUCGGGUUCGAGAAAGAGAAAAAGGAGAGAGAGAGAUCGCAGGAUGGGAGAAUAGAAUUGAAGGAUUCAAUGUACAAGAGAGUAAAGUAAUAAAUAAAAUCUGUAAAAUUUGCUCUUUACAGAUAAACUUUACAAAUUAUGGAUUUAUCUUUUACAAUGAAUUUUUCGAGUAAUACUCAAAGGGAACCAAUGAUUCUUUGCCGUUAAGGUAAGAUCGAUCCGCCACUCGAAUAUAAAAGUACCAGCGUAAGAUUAGUCUCGCUAGACAGAAAGUCCAGUAGCUUGCGCGGAACGUUAGAAUUGUGUACGUUUAUCUUCUCGGAAUUAAAAGUGAAAUACGCUUUGCCUCGUUCAGAUUUGUACAAGCAAAUGCCGAAUUACUUAUAAAUUGCAUUAUAUUAGAAUUUUGUUAUUUGUUUUUAUUGAAAUAUCCUUUCAAGCUGAAAGAAUUCGAGAUUCGACAAGCUCUUUUCAUAUAUUUUUAUAUUAAAUCAUUGACAAUUUAUUUAUGUAUGCGUUAGAAUUGUAGCGCAUUAAAGCUGGCAAAAUAAAUAUUGCGGCAA